UCAUGUCUCGUUGCCCGCACCCAUCGCUUACAGCGUGCUGUGAACGUUUCGCCCGCGUUCUUACGUCGUGGAUUAUUUCGGUCCCCGCGAGCCCAUCCGAGGUUGCGAAACGGCCCGUCCGCGCUCGUUUCUCGCUCGCGCCGAGCGGACAUUCUCUCGCUCGUGCGGUCGCGGCGUCACGGCCUCCGCGUUGCGCCAUUUCGAAACGGUCGCAUCGUCCGCUCGCGCUAGUGCUGCAAGGCGAGGACACCGCGGCCAGCGCUGAUAGCGAUCGAGCUGCGAGCGCGGCGGCCGAGCGUGACCGCCUCCGCCCGCUCAGCCUCGGUGCCACCCGCAUGAAUGACUCGGCCAGCCGGGAUCGUAAAUCAGAAUCGUGUUUACAGUUUUUGCGGGGCGCACGAAACCUGUCGCGCCGCCCCCGAGACAAAGGGCGGCGCGAGAGGCGCUCGGCCUCGGCGCGGCUCGACCGUGGCGCUCACCAAACGCCCGAGUGAAUUAUGGCUAGGUGCAUAUAACCCGUGUACUACACAUACCUAACAUACGCGCCUACCUAUCUAUAGCUAUAUGCAGUGAAGGCUGCGAGUAUGUACCUACCUACUCAAACAAAGCAUUUUGCCCACAAAUCCAUACUGCUAGCCCCGUACGGGCUGUGUUCGCGUUCUUUGUAAAAUUUCGUGCGAGUCCGCGACGGGGGUGAUGUCAUGUGUGUGUAUGUCGUCUUAGCUAACAUCUGGGCGUUCGUCAAUUGUUAAUAUUAGUGUGCAUUUUGAGGUUAGGUUGUGACUGUGUCUCUGAGUGGUCCAGGACAAGCCACCGCGGAGCCCUGGCCGGCGCAGCUUCGCUGGUGUAGUCUGUGUGUCUCUGAGUGUGUAUUUAUCACUGUGGACAUUGAUAGUGUGGCAUUGUGGGAGCUGGCUGGAUGUUGUGUGUUGUCUCAGGUUUAAAUGCAGCAAUUAUAGUUAAUGGCUCAUUAAACUGUUCCAAUUAGUGUUUGAUGUGAUUAUGAUAGUGAGUGUGAGGAUGUAGCACAGCACGAGUGCUCAGUGUGCCUGAGCAGUAGCGGGCCCGUGCUCAGGUGAUCAGCAUUAGUGUGUUGGCAUUGUGUUCCAUGCGUACCUACUCUCAGGUCAUUUACCUGCUUAGCAAACUAUUAACAAACUGGUAGGAGUGAUAAAACUAGAAGGACUACAGGUUUUCAAGUGACUGAGUUACAUCAUGCUCAUGAUUGCACACAAAGUUGUUUUAUCUCUGCAUUCUUUGUUGAACAGUGUUCAAACUGGAUAGUUGUAUCUGCCAGGCUAGUUUUUAAAUUAUUUGAAUUUGUCUUUAAAUUUAAUGGUUCCUGUGUCACAGACACUUUGCAUAUUUUACACAUUUGGAACAUGUUUGUUUUCCACUCACCAGCAGCCUUAGAAUCUAUCAGUUGUAUGAACAAUUUCAACUAGACUGGUUCUCAGUAAGAAUACAAUAAGUGUUGCCUUUGUUUAUAUGCUGAUAAACAAAUAAUGUGCAAGUGUAAUUCAUAACUUACAUUGAUGUUUAUUAGACGCUUUGAUUUAUAGAUACUGUGAAUUAAUGUAAUGAUGUAAUAAACAUCAAUCUGUAGUUCAUUUUGAUUUACAAUUUGUAGCACAGCUGAUAAAUUAAUGGGUGAAUGAGGCAUAUAUUGACAAUAUAAACAAACAGUGGUGGAGUGAGUGACUGUCAGUGUUAAUGAUGCUCAGACAUUCCCCGUGGUGAGGUGACUAGUGUAGUGAUGCUGUGCCUCAGUGGAUAUGACUUGCUCAUGUCAGACAUCCCAGCCAGUGGCGCACCCAGUGCUGGGGAGGAAGGCGAAGAGAAGCCGAAGCCGACAGAGAACCAAGACGACGGGUACGAGACGAGUAAUAGCGGUGAGGCGGCGCGUCGCAAGCCCUCCAGCGCUGAGGGCUCGCCGGCGCCGCCUGCCGAACCCUCGCCCCCGCCAGACCCACCCUACGAGCCGCUCAUGCGGCACUACGAGCCCGAGCCGGAGCCCUACCGGCAUUUCGAGCCGCCCGCUCCGCCUCCCCCGCAGCCCGAGCCACAGUACCAGCACUUUCCCUUCCCUAAGUAUGGCGGAGACCCGUACGCGUUCAAGCGCGAGCCCGAGGUGCCGUACGACAUGAGCCAGCACCACCAGUACGCGCCGGCGGGCAAGCGCGACGACGACAUGUACAACGGCAUCAAGCGCGAGUGCGAGGACCCGUACUCCUUCGUGGAGGAGGAGGCCAUGUGUGCCAUGCUGGCGCAGCCGCAGCACCACGCCGUGCCGCCGCACCUGCAGCACCACGACCACCACGCGCACAUGAUGCACCCGCAGCAGAUGAUGCUCAACCAGCCCAAGAAGCGCGGCCGCAAGAAAAAGAUCAAGGACGAAAACGGCAUGGAGCUGAAGGCGGAGCCCGGCAUGGAGGGCGCGCUGGUGCCGCGGCCCGUCAAGGAGCGCAAGAAGCACGACCGCUUCAACGGCAUGAGCGAGGAGGAGGUCUCGCGCCGCACUCUGCCAGACCACCUCGCGGAGAACCUCGACAUCAUCAUUAUCGGCAUCAACCCGGGACUGUUCGCGGCGUACAAGGGACACCACUACGCGGGCCCAGGGAACCACUUCUGGAAGUGUUUGUACCUGUCCGGCCUCACACGGGAACAGAUGAGCGCUGACGAAGACUACAAGCUGCUGAACUUCGGCAUCGGCUUCACGAACAUGGUGGCGCGGCCGACCAAGGGCAGCGCGGACCUCACGCGGCGCGAGAUCAAGGAGGGCUCGGCCAUCCUGCUGGAGAAGCUGCAGACGUUCCGGCCCAAGGUGGCAGUCUUCAACGGCAAGCUCAUCUACGAGGUGUUCUCCGGGAAGAAGGACUUCUGCUUCGGCAAGCAGCCCGACACCAUCGCCGGGACGAACACCUACAUGUGGGUGAUGCCGUCGUCGUCGGCGCGCUGCGCGCAGCUGCCGCGCGCGGCCGACAAGGUGCCGUUCUACGCGGCGCUGAAGAAGUUCCGCGACUACCUCAACGGGCUGGUGGCGCACGUGGACGAGGCCGAGCUCGUGUUCCCCGACAACACCAGUCGGCGCCCGCAGGAGGAGAUGGAGAUCCGACGCCAAGCCAGCAGACUGACGAUGGAGCCGGAGCCGGGCGACACCAUCAUCCUGGAGGACGGGACCGAGGUGCCGCUGAAGAAGAAGCGAGGCCGGCCCAAGAAGGUCAAGCUGGAGAACGGCGAGGUGGCGCCCGCCGCGCCCCGCCAGCCGCGCGCGCCCCGCCCGCCGCCCUCGCUGGAGCCGCACGACCAGCCGCCCAAGAAGAAGCGCGGCCGGCCCAAGAAGAUCCGCCCCGACGACCAGUUCCUGCUGCAGCACCCGGCGCAGCCGCUGCAGGCGCUGCACUCGCACGACACGCCCUACCUGGCCGCCGGCGACUUCCCCGCGCAGCUCCCGUCGCCGGGCCUGCUGUACCCGCACCAGCACCACCAGCACCACCAGCAGCUCGCGCCCGACUCCAACAACUACUUCCAGCAGCAGCCGCCCAACUCGGAGAGCGGUCUGGGCGGUAUGGAGUCGUCCGGGCUGGACGUGGGCGGGGGCGGGGCCGGCGGCGGGGGCAUGCUGGGCGGCAUGGCGCGCGGGUACGGGUCGCCGGGCGGGUACGCGGCGUCCCCGCGCGGCGUGUACGCCAGCCCGCGCUCGCAGGGGUACUCGCCCAGCCCCGCGCGCCCCGCCGGCACCCCGCAACCACAGGAGUCUGGCGUGAUGCACGGGUUCCCCGCGAGCCCCGCGUUCUCGGCCGUGUCCCCGCCGCGCGCGGGCUCCGGCGGCGGGUACUCGUCCCCCGCCGCGCGCGCCGCGCCCUUCUCCGCGCGCUCCCCGCUGUACGCGCACAGCCCCGCGCCCUACGCGCACCAGCAGGCACAGAGCCCGGCCCCGCAGGCGCGCUUCUCGCAGUCCCCGCACCCGCACCACCCGCACCCGUACUCACACUCCCCCGCGCCACAGUCGCAGGGUCGUCCGUUCUCGCGGUCGCCGGCGCCGGUGGGCGGGGUGGGCGGAGUGGGCGGGGUGGGCACGACCCCGUUCCCGCAGGCGUCCCCCGCGGGCGCGCUGCACAGCUACACGCCCAGCCCGGCGCACACGCCGUACUCGCAGCACUCGUCGCCCGCGCCCAGCCGCACGCCCACCUACACCGAGCCGCACCACUACCCGGGCGGCGCCGGCGCGGCCCCGGCCGCCGGCUUCGGCGGCGAGCUGUCGCACGAGAUCGGCGCCGCCAUCUCGUCGCCGGCGCCCGUGUCGCCCGGCAUGGCGGCGCUCGACUUCGAGCCGCCGCGCGACGAGCCCGAGCGCGACCACAGCCCGAUGGGCAGCACCGACAUGCACCCCGGGUCCAACUCCAACUCGUCGCUGUCCGACUACAACAAGACGUCGGCGGGCAGCGACAUGUCGCCGGCCGGCGCCGGCUUCGCCGCGCUCUACGACGACGCGCGCCUGCAGUACGCGCACCUGCACACGCACAGCCCCGCGCCCGACAAGGACCACUACUACCGCCAGGACCAGGGUGGCGGCGUCGCAGACAGCCCGCGGUUAGACCAGUUGCAGCAGCACCCUUCGUCCAUGUACCCCACUAAUUACAAUAGGUCGAGUCCGCCGGGCGGCGAGGGCGCGUUCUCCCCGCUGGGCGCCGCCUUCCGCCCCCCCUCGCACCCGCACCCCGCGCACACGCCGCACGACGCGCCAGGUUCCCCGGCCGAGUACGCGGGCACUGUGAAGCCGAAGGCGCAGGACGUGGCGUCCAAGUCCCUGUCGGGGCUGGAGUCGCUGGUGGACCAGAUCCCCAGCAUCGCCGAGGGUCCCGGCGGCGCGAGCGCGGGCGGCGCGGGCCCCGCGGCCCCGGCGCCGUCCGACCAGGCCCCGGCCGCCGUGGCCGCGCUGCCCGACUACGCGCCCGCGCUGUACCCGCCCUACGGCGCGUACGGCGGAGCUGCAUACGGGAACAACGGGUACGGCGGGCCGUUCGUGGGGUACGGCGGCGGCUGGGGCACGGCCGUGAUGCGGCCCACGCCCGGGUACCUGUCGGAGUGGCAGUACGGGUACCCGGCCGGCGUGGCGGCGGGGUACGCGCCCUACAACGCGCCCUACUACAACGGGUACGCCGGGCCGCCGCCCGCGCACCACCAGCAGGCGCACUACCUGUCGGCGCCGCCGCUGAUCGACCUGCACAAGAACGGCGAGCACUCGGGCGGCGUGCCGGCCGUGCCGUCCGUGCCGUCCGUGCCGUCCGUCGGCUUCGGCGGCUUCUGUUAGUGUACAUAGACUAUCUCACUGCGGGGAACGAGUACUUCCUAGAGUAAGUAGUAAAUUGGACUGAGUAUCGAGGCGAGGGAAAUGUUUUGUAAAGCAAUCGUUAGUGAUGUAAUUUAAUCUUUUUCAACUGAGGAGCUUAAUUUGUAGGAUUUAUUUGUAAAUAUUGUAUGUAUUUUUAUUUCGGUCCAUCACAUGUUACUUUAACCGAUCGCUAGUUGAUGACAGUGCCGUUCUGUUGGUCGUCGUUUAGUUUAGUAGGGCACGUCUGUGAUGUGACUGGGAGGCGGGGGCGUGCGACAAUAUCGUACUUAAUGUAUUCGGAAUGUCUGUGAUCUUCAGUGAUGUCUAACUAAUAAUUAUGGCCAUCGUUAUUGCCAUACUGAAAAGUAACUAGUGUUCGGAAUUAGCGGCCGCGUGCUCGUAAUACGAAGUCUUGCCAAUGAUGUGUUUCGCGUUCUAGUCACUUACUAAUUCGUGUCGGCUAGUCAAAUUGAUGUCGUGUACCCUCGCCGCACUCUCUCGCUCCCAACCGAUUGCUCCAACAAAUAUUGUAUCUAAGUCACAACAACGGCCUAUGAGAUAAAUAAUGUAUACCUUUAUUUAGAAUUUAAUUUACUCUAUUUAUAAUUCAAGUUUAGCAUUUGAUAACUAUAUUUUUAUAGUCGCAGGAGGCGGCCAUUUUAUUGUAAGCGGUCUUUGACCUUUACCAGUGCACAAACGGGGCGUGCCUCGGACGCCGUGCAUUUUACACAACGUUACCCGAACAGUUACAUUAGCUUCGGAUCGCUAGUGAAUAGCAUAAUUUUACAUAAUGUUGUAACUUAUAUUUUACUACAGACGCGCCAUUGUGGUGGGGCGGUAGGGUUACUUUAACGUUAACGCGAUGCAUAAUGUUUACAUAGGGUGCUGAUGGGUUCGAUAGUUUCCUUACGUGACGCGAGUCCUUGCGUCCGAGUCUUUAUACUAUGUUGUUGAAGUUUUACUUUGUUUUCACGGUGUAUUAGGUAUCGGGUCGUGUAGAGUAGAUAUAUAGGUCCUGCAUAGUCCGGUACAGUCUGUACAGUCUGUGGGACCGCAGGCGAGUCGUCCGUCGAGCCGCACUGUACAAUGUACAUAACGAGGGGAGGGUACGUCGGGAAGGUAAACAAUCUUGUACAAAAUUUUAAAUUAGUAAAACUCUUUCCUUUGCACAAAAUGAUGAAGUCUUAAAGUCUUAAAUAUAAGCUAAAAAACGAAAUAACAUACGUAAUAAAGACAUAUACGUUAAUGAUAGGUUUACUCGGAAGAAUUUAUAUAUAGUUAGUGGAUGGAUAGUUGGACAGUCACCGGAGGCAGGUCUCUGCGACAUGUGACGUCACUAUGCACAUGAUCUCCAUUACGUUCUGGUCUGGCUUAGGAUUAGGUUUACGUACGACCUCGUACACCACCACUAUUGCAAUGCGUUUUUUUAUAUUAUUAUUUUUUCGUAUUUCAAAAGGGGAAACAUGAUUAUUUAAAAAUGAAAUCAACAGGGUAUUUAAGAUUGCUUAAGAUAUAUUAUUUGACAUAUAUUUAUUGUGACUUGCGGACGAUGCGCGGUUGCGGCGCAUCGUGUUUAGUGUUACUGAUCUUUGUUUAGUUGUGGUCGCGCGGGGAACUGUUCACAAUAACAACGCCUUGUACAUAAUGAGUGCUUUAUUACGCUUUUUUGAUAUUAUUAUAUUUUUAUUUAAAAAUAAUUAUUAUUAUUACAAUAACACUAUUUCUAUAUUUUUGCUUUUAUUUUGUACAUUAACGAUCAUGUAUGUGAUUGGAAGGUUCUGUUUGCGUCCUGUUUCCGGGUACUGUUGGCACUAAUGCGGUGACGUCACGUCUCGGCAUUACUCUCAUGGAUACUCCGACUGGACGCGACACGCGGACAGCGCCGCGCCGGCGCGCAGGUCGCCGCCGACCUGGGCUCCGACGUCCCGCGACCGACGCUCGGAUACGAUCUGUGAUCUGUUUUAAGCGAUACUCUAGUACUUAAAUCAGUUUUUAUAAAUCUCAUUUCUUUCACAAUCGCUAGUAAUUUGUAUAGAUUUUAUCUAAAAUGUCGCGAGUCGUGGCGCUUCCGCCGUGAACGAAAUAAAGGCCUACACUCGCUGCCACUGGUGGGCGCAGACGACGGGCCCGGUACUGGGCACUACUAGGCAGUAACUCGUCCGAGUACUCGGCCCGUGCGCUCUGCGCGUCACUUGUAUUUCUAAGUUUUCUUGUCUCGAAUAAGACUUAUCGGCCAAUAUUCCUUCCUGCAACAGAGUGCAAUGUCGGGAGAUUAAUGUUCUGUCUCGUAAUCAUUAUCUGUAUUGUUAUUAUUAUAUUUUCAUUUACAUUGUAGUUGUCGUGUAUUAUAGUGUCGUUAAGGGCCGCUUGCACUUAACCGUUCGGCUGACACGAGUGACUUUCGACUUUCCUAUCAGGUGCAUAAAGAUUAGAUUUGUACGAUAGCAUAGAGGCGAGCGGUGAGGUCGGUCGUGCUGGACUAAACUGUAGCUUAAUAUAAUAAGUCUCUAUCAACGAGUUAGUGUUAGUGUUGUACUCGGCGCGGCGGCGCCGGCGGGCACGCACGGGCACUCUGCGCGGGCACUCUGCCCGGGCACGCACCGGUCGCCCGGGCCGGCCCGCGGCGUCGCGCUCGCUGCCUCUUAUCUGAGUAGUGGUUAGGGUUGACCAGUGUAUGCAUUGAGUCGCUCAACUAUUUGUACAAUAUGUAUAUUUUUGUAAAAUUCACUCUAACUCGAGGCAAUAUUUUAAAAAUUAUCUAUAAUAUUAAAAAUUAGUACAAUUCAUUGUUAUACAGCUACGUGUCUCGUUGGGUUCGCUCAGCACGUGCUGUAGAGAGCAUCCUGCCAGUGGGCGCCUAUAGUUGCACGACUCACGAGCUCGCACUGCCGUCGCCUGGGUAGUAGGUUCGCGCCCCGGCGCCGCUUGGUUGUGAAUAGUAUCGCUUACCCACUCCGUCUGCUGUCGUCGCGUUCAUCCGUUGCUUCACUCAGUAUUGUCGUGCCAAAACAUACGUAAAUGCAGGAGUAACAAAGCAAUAUCGUAACUAGAUAGUCUCGAACGAAAGCAAUAAUAUCUGGGCGAGUGGACGCUGCACUUGACUCUGUACUUCGCCUCUGUAAUGAAAUUAUAUUUUGAAAUGUCGCGUCACUUGCAGUAGUUUGGUACAAAUAGCAUUUAUCGUUGGUGGCACAGCCCCCGCACCACUCACCCGUCAACUUGAUGAACUUUUAUUUAUUUAAGCUGAGUGAGUACUUCGUGCCGCGUAUUGCGGCCGCUCGGUGUCUGCUGCGGGGGCUCGGCACCGACCAGAAGGCGGAGGUCUUAUCCUAGCUCAAUUUUAUUAAUUAUUAUAUUAUACUUGCUUGUUAUUCAUCGUUGAAAUAUAGUUAUUUUGAACCUUGGCUGCCUCGUGGCUCCAUUUUACUAAACCGUUGAAAAUUAUAAGUACAUAGAAAUAAAUGUUAUCGCAUAUCAUAGUGGUCUCGUAAUCCCAGUGUGAAGACAGCCAAGGGUUUGUUCCAGAAGCCUGCAUUACUCAAACAACUCGCAUUUGAUUACGGUGCUUGUUUAUCAUAGUCAUGCGAGGCGAGGCGGCGGCGGCCGAGGUUUGGUUGCACUCGUUUCGUCAAUUAUUUACUGUGAGAGGCGCGCGCCGCCUCGCCUCGCAUUAUA